UGUACCUGUGUUAUUGAAAGGUGAUCCAAAAUGAAGGGAUUCAUUGAUUAAUUGGUUGGUUUUUGAGGGUGAUGCACCUGCCUCGACCAGCAGACUCCUCCCACUCAGCUUUGGGUCCACUCCCACUCAGGGCUUCAGUCAGUCACACAUGUGACUUUGCAGAAAGAAGAGUGAUGAAUGUUCUCAGUUCACUCCGAUCGUGAUCACAUCUGUUUUUGACCGAUCCAGGACCGGAAACGUGGCUGAGUUUUCUGCAGGGACGCGCGUGUUCACCUUCCCGGUGACUGACACAUGUCUGGUGCUGGGCUUCUGGGAAAGGGGCUGUGUUGGUUUUACUGGGGGUGAGUCAUUCAGCAGCAUCCCGGGUCCGUCCCGUCCAGCGCUCCAGCCAGACGCGUCAGUCGGGAUGUGGAGGAGAAGUUGCGUCCGGCGCGCGCCUCCUCUGCGCGCGAGAUCCUAAAAAAGAAGAGCGACUCCUCCACUUCAAAAAUGAAAAGCCAAAGUAAAAGCGCCUCAGCGGAUCCCCACAAAGUGGAAACGGGAACUCCCGCGCCGCGUUGGGGCUGAGCGCGCGCUCAGCCAGCACCCGCGAGCAUGUCUGCGGAUCUCUCCUCCCCGCUGGCUGUCUACAUCGGAAUGGAGGUGCUGAUCGCGGUCUCCUCGGUCAUCGGGAACGUGAUGGUGGUCUGGGCGGUGCGCAUCAACCGCGUCCUGCGGGACACCACCUUCUGCUUCAUCGUGUCCCUGGCCUUGGCCGACAUUGCAGUGGGGGCUCUGGUCAUCCCCCUCGCCAUCACCAUCAGCAUCGGGCUGCAGACGCACUUCUACAGCUGUCUGCUGGUCGCCUGCACGGUGCUGGUCCUCACGCAGAGCUCCAUCCUGGCGCUGCUGGCCAUCGCCUUUGACCGCUACCUGAGAGUCAAAAUCCCAAUGAGCUACAAGCGAGUGGUGACCCCUCGGCGAGCUGGCACAGCCGUGCUGUUGAGCUGGCUGGUGUCCAUCGUAGUGGGCCUCACGCCCAUGUUGGGCUGGAACAACCUGCAGCAACUCAACCGUUCUUCCGUAACGGAGGAUCUGCUGGUGAUCUGUAAGUUCGAGACGGUCAUCAGCAUGGACUACAUGGUCUACUUCAACUUCUUCGGCUGGGUGCUGCCCCCUCUGCUGCUCAUGCUGGCCAUCUAUGUCGAGAUUUUCUACAUGAUCCACAAGCAGCUCAACAAAAAGGUUUCUGCCAGCCACACGGAUCCCAGGCGUUAUUUUGGGAAGGAACUUAAAUUAGCCAAGUCUCUGGCGCUGGUUCUUUUCCUCUUUGCAGUCAGCUGGCUUCCGCUUCACAUCAUCAACUGCAUCACCCUCUUCUGCCCUAAAUGUGACAAGCCGGAAUACCUCAUUUACAUUGCCAUCCUUCUCACCCAUGGCAACUCCGCCGUCAACCCCAUCGUUUAUGCUUUCCGCAUCAAAAAGUUCCGCACGGCGUUCCAGAAAAUCUGGAAACAGUACGUGCUUUGUCGGGAUCCAGUCGGUCGUCUUCCUCAAAAGGGGAGUCAGAGAGUACGGAGUAAUGAGACGAGACUCGAGCAGAAUGACGAUGACGACAACGAUGUGUGACCUUUGGUGACUAAUUGAGUUAAGCUGCGACCGGGUUUAAUGUAUCUCACAACGAGGAGCAGCUCCCGGUUCUGCUUUCAUGCUGAAGAGAUGGUUGUCCAGAAAGGUGCAAAUGUCACCGCGGAGCAUCCGAGACACGCCACCCAGCACGCAACAAGAAACCAGCGCUACAAACGAGGCGCGGGAUCCCGUCAGGCCAAGAUGUAAUUAAGACAGAUUUCUCUGACACUGGUUGACGGAACAAUCUCUCAUGGGAGAAUGGGAGUUUCAUCUGGGUCAACAGCAACCUGCUGAACUUGAAGUUUAUUUUUAGCACACGUGGUGCAAAAGUGACAGCAAAGUUGGAGCCUUUUUCAUGUCAGUGUAUUCUUUUACACCACGUGCUGCACUGAUAUGAUUCAAUCUGUGGCCUUAAGGGCAGGAAAUGUAAUCGAGAGAAAUCAAGGCUAAGUGCUGAACAACAAACACUGGGUUUCGCGAGCGACCCAGUGCUUUACGGUCCGGGAUAUUUGAUGCACUCCUAAUGCACAGAGGAAGCAAAUCUUGAGGUUGUGUAGGUCUGGUUUACCUUUAAUGUAUCCAAGUCUGUUUAAUUCGAAUGAACCAAUAUCUCUUGUGAAAUCUACAGAUACUCUAGGUUUGUAGGUUUACUUACUUAACCCUUGUGCUAUCCUAGGUAUGUUUACAUUAAAAGUGAGGUCAUCUGGACCCUACAAGACACUGAGCUUCAAGGAUUUUUUAUCUUCACUGGUGUCCAUGGCAGACCUAAAAUCCUGUCCACCUUUGUCAUGGGAGGAUCACACAUCGAAAGAAGGAUGGGGUCAGCUGGACCCCAUAAGGGUGAAAAAGAAAUGACAGUCUGUCAUCCUAAUGGUAGGUUCAUUUGAACAGUGAGAGAUAGAAAAUCACAAACAAAAACACACAUUUUAUUGAGGGAGAAAAUGUAUUUGACCCCUAGAAACCAUUAAGAGUUCUGGUUCAUACACACCAGUUGUGCUGCAUUCAUACCUGAUGUGAUUCAUGCGUCAAAUUUGCAUCUGCAUCCUCUCUUUUCACUCUCAUCAAAUUUACUGAUCGACUACUAUUACUUGACGUCUGGUAUUAAUUUGUUGCCACAUCAUGGAAAACAUGCAUGAUGUUGAGCGAGUAGCUGGGGUUCAUAUGUUUUGGAGAGUUCUACAGAGGUGCCGGAAAGCACAUCGCCGUGUCUGGGGUCAUCAGAUCUUUAAGUAUCUCUCCCGGUGCAGUGUACUUCGGUGUACUUGUAGCUACAGCUGUGCCUGAUGGACGUUUUAAACGAUACUUCCAUCCCCAGAUUGAGCAUUAACCCGAGAGGGGAAAAUUAAAAAUUGGAGGAUCUUUUUAACUAUUGGCUAGAUGAAAAUAAGAAAAACAUCAUAAGCCCAUGGAACUAGAGCGAACACCUGUGAUGGCUCUCAGUCUGCCGGGUAGCCAACCACCGGCGGGCCAUCAUAGCUAGCUCCCCUUCCCUGGUAUCAGCAGGCUGGGCGGCAGACCUUGGUAGAUCGCUAUGCUGUCCACCAGGAGGCUGGCUAGUCAACCGGGCUCGAUCGCUCUAGCUCCACUGGCUCUGGCGAUCAGUCCAGGGUGUAUCCCGCCUUCGCCCAACAGUAAACAGGACAGACUCUGCUGCCCCAACAGGUUAAGAAAAUUGAUGGAAAAUCCACCCAUUGAGCAGCCAUGUUGGAUUUAUUUUAUUGCCCUUUGAUUGAGACACUGAAAAUGUCGCAUACCCAAACCCAGCCAGCAAAGCCAAGUGGGCCCCAUGUAGUUAAAAAGCAGGCAGAAAAUAUGGACCCCAAUUGGGUUUGUCCAAAGGUUCUGUGAUGGCCCCACCUGUGUUUGAACACAUUGGCUCUGCUGCCCAGUGGCCAGUAGUCUGGGGGGGCAACCCUUCUAGCUCUGGCAGACCCUGGGUGGCAGAAUUAGCUAUGCUGUCCACCACCCAGCCCACUGAGGGCCCACUUAAGCCAAUAUAGGCAAACAUAAGUGGGGCCACCACGGAAACUGCGGAGAAACCUAAUUGGGGCCCACAUUUUCUGCCCAUUUUUAAACCUUAUGGGGCCUACUUUGCUUUGCUGGCUGGGGAGCUGAACCCUGAUAGCUGUGCUGCGCUCCACGCCCAAAUCGCUCUUCAAGACCUCAAAUAACAUCUGUACAAUGACUUAACAUUGAAACUUGACAAUCCUGCAGCACAAAUCGCAUCUGGUGUGAAUGUAGCCAUUGACUCUCCUAAUCAACCUAAAUUGAAGAGAAUAGUUUUAAUUAAUCACUUGUAGAAGAAAAGACACCCGUCCACAGAAUCAGUCAAUCAGAUUUCAAACUCUCUAAUGUGAGAAAGACUAAAGAGCUUCCAGUGGAUUUAAGGGAGAAGAUUGUCGACCGAAAUGGACAACCAAACAAUCAGCAAGAAGCUGGGGGUUCAGGGGACAACUGUUGGUGCCAAAAUACAAGAACGUGAACAUCAAUCCACCGGUACGUCUGGGGCUCUCACCUGAAUGGGUUUUCAGGAUCAUGAGAACAGUGAGAAAUCGGCCUAAGACAACACAGCAGAAGUUAGUGAAGAUCUCAAAGCAGCUGGAGCCAUAGUCACCAAGAAAACCAUUGACAAUACUUUACACAAAGUACUCCUGCUCCAGAGGGCCGACAAACCCCUUCAUGAUUUAGAAAGCGAUUGGAAGAAGGUGCUGUCUUAAGAACAGACCAACAUGGAGCUCUUUGGUGUCACAAACGGGCAGAGUCCACAAAGCUAAAUCAGAGUCAGACAUUCAGAGGUCAAUCACAAGCAUGGGAUAAUCCAAGAAGAGAGUAGAGAUGUCAGAGUUCAGGCAAGGGUCAGGGCAGGCAGCAGGCAAUCAGAGAAUAAGCAGGAUCAGAAACAGAAGAUCAGGUCCAGAUAGAAAUGCUCAGUAAUGCAGGCAGAGUGGCACAAAACAAUACUUCGCACAGAGCAAGGCUUAAGUAAGACGUGGGUGACAGAACUCUGACUCCUGACAUUUGACAUCAACUCAACCAUUCAUUUUUGGAGGAUGAGAAAUGCAACUUAUGACCCCAAAAACACCAUCCCCACAGUGCAGCGUGCACAGUGUGUGGAUUGGAGGUUAGGUGGAGCAAUGUAUCAUCUAACGACAGCCUUGUUCCCUCCACUGGAGAGUUUAAAAUGGGGGUGGAUGAGUCUUCCAACAGGAUCAUGACAAAAAACAUACAGUCCAGACAACCAACAAAUGGUUGAAGAAGGAGCAGAUCAAGGUCAUGGAGAGGCCCAGCCAGACUCCAGACCUCAAACUUAUAGAAAAGCUAUGGUGAGAGCUGAAGCUCAGAGUCGCCAAGUGAUAUCCACCAAAUAUUAGUGAUGUACAAGUUAUUUGCAAAGAGUAGGUGACUGAAAUUCCUCCUGAUAUGUACAGAAAUCUGCUCACCAACUGCGAGAAUCGUCUGACCUCCAAUAAGGGUUUUGCCAUAAAGUAUUAAGUCUUUUGUCUCAUUUCUCUCGAUGUACUGGUAAAACAAAAAUGUAUACCAAUUCUUUAAAAGUGGAUUUAUUAAUUUUCUAUUUCUCACUGUUCAAAAGAACCGACCAUUAGGAUGAGACUGUCCAUUUCUUAACUCUUGUCCUAUCUUAGGUAUCUUAACCUUGGGAGAGGGGUCAUCUGGACCCCACAAGACAGUGUGCUGAACAUUUUUUUCCAAUGAUUUUUGAUUUUCCCUGGUGUCCGCAGCAGACAUAAAAUCCUGUCCACCUUCAUGCCUAUUUGUCAUCCAUCAUUGUAAGGCUUGGGUCAUCUGGACCCCAUAAGAUAGCACAGGGUUAUGAGGGCAAACCUGCAAAAUCAGGACGAAAAUACACAUUUCCUCCACUGUAUAUAAAUGACUUGAUGUUUGAUCUUGACUGCAGGUGUUGAAAGAAAGUAAGGCAGCAAAUCUGUGUUUUUGAAUGUAAAGAGCUGUAGUUACUCAACUCUUUUUGUCGUUAUCAUUUCGUCCUAACAAUAUUACUCCAAUGAACACGUCAGCGACUUCUUACACAUUUAACUCCUAAUCAAUAGUGAGAUUUAGUUGUGUAAUGUCAUGAAGCGUUGUGGUGCUCUCACAGGGUCAGCAUAAACUUUGUGCAGAAUUUUCUAAAUGAAGCAUUUUUUGAUGAAAUGUGUGGAAGUUGAAAGAAAAUUGCCAACAAUUUGCAGGUGGAGAACAUAAUGGAUGUAUGUAAAUGUUAUGGAGGGAUUCUUUAGGAGUUUUGCUCAGCUCCACAGAGCACUCUGAUGUUUGAAUGAGCAGACGUGUUGGUCCCUGUGCUGAGCAGGAGCUUACUUUAUCAUGCACUGAGUGCAUUCAAGAACAAUGGCAUUCAAGUCAUUUUUUUAACCACAAGUUUUUCUCUUUAAAGUUCUGCUGAAGUUGUUUGUAGAGAUGUUGCAUUUUUGUUUUUGCACAUAAGUUCAUUAAUAUUUUAUGUUUGUCAGAAGGCUAAAAGCUGUGUGUAAAUAACUAACCAAGUUACUGUAUAAAUCCUAAAAGUCUGGGAGAAUGUUUCUAAAGUUUACAACUCUCAAGAGACCAGUUUUGUGCUUCAUUUCAUUUUCUGCACUUUUAUUCUGUGAUUUUCAAUACCCUGACUAGAAAAUGUAACCAUUUUAAUAAAAUGCUCAUAAGCUUGUGA